AUGGAAUUAGGCGAUGGCUACAAGCUCAUCUACCACGGCAUAUCAAAUCGCAAUGACAUUGGUGUCAUAUUGAACGAGACGUUUAGGAACAGCGUCACAGCGGUGGAUCGACAAUCCGCUAAUGGCUGUAAAGGUAGAUGCAGGAAAAGUGGAAUUGCGAGUCGUCUCUUCAUGGGCAAGGGGAGCUGUAGUGAAGAAGAGAAGGCGUGCUUUUUAGAAGUUCUGGAGCAGUAUAUCCAAUCCCAGAAAGGCAAAAAAGUACUACCAAUCGGAGGAGACUUCAAUGGACAUGUCGGUUCUCGGAAAAAGAGGUUCGGGAGUUACAACGGAGAAUACGGCUAUGGAGCACGUAACGACGGCGGCUGCCAGUCUUGGAGUAUGCUGUUGCAGGUGACUUGGUCAUUGCUAAUACGCACUAUCGGGAAAGAAAAUCGCAUUUGA